UCUAAGACUGUCAGUCCCAGAGAUCCAGUGUCCAUUCAGAAGCUUGUAGCCUAUCUAGAAAGAAGAAGAGUUUCAUAGAGAGCUUCUGUGUUCAAAAAAACAGAAACUGGGAUUGGGAAGCAUGUCUCUGGACGUAAAAGAGAAAACACAAGUGCGUUUGGUGUUCAUGGGUGCUGCCGGCGUGGGAAAAACAGCUCUUAUUAGACGCUUCCUUCAAGACACUUUUGAGCCUAAGCAUCGACGCACGGUGGAGGAGCUUCACCUCAAAGAGUACGAGGUGGCCGGGGUGAAAGUCACCGUCCACAUCAUGGACACAAGCGGCAGCUAUUCCUUCCCGGCCAUGCGUAAGCUCUCAAUCCAAAACGGGGACGCUUUCGCCCUGGUCUAUUCGGUGGAUGACCCUGAAUCGCUUGAAGCCGUCAAGAGCCUGCGUGAGGAAAUCCUGGAGAUCAAGGAGGACAAGUGCACGCCCAUCGUGGUGGUGGGCAACAAGAAAGACCGGCUGCAGGAGCGAAGGGUGUCUGCGGAUGACGUCCUGGCCACGGUGGAGCUGGACUGGAACAACUGUUUCCUGGAGGCCUCGGCCAAAGAAAACGACAACGUGAUGGAGGUGUUCAGAGAGCUGCUCCAGCUAGCCAACCUCCCGAGCUGUCUGAGCCCGGCUCUCCGCCGCCGCAGAGAGACAUUUCCCAAGGACACGGGUGUACGGCCGCCCAUGAACAAAACCAACAGCUGCUCAGUCUCUUAAAGUCGGCAAGAAGAUGCCAGCAAGGGAGGCUUGGGUUGAGGCGUUUCUCAACGCUCACGUUGAGGCAAAGGAAGAUGGGAUGGCUUUUUGAAGCCACGGAUUGAUGGGUUUGUUUCAUAGCAACCUCCUUACAAUCCUGCUCCGAAAUCAGCAUCAUCUUCUUUCCCGGCGACAAAGGGAAACUGAUUACAGAGAAGAGGAAAAAGGAUUGAGCUUGCAAUUGCAGAAUGUGUUUUGACAGUGGUGUUGAGUUCCUGAAAUUCAGUUGUGUUAUCUGUGUAAAAAGAGUUACUGCGAGAUUUAAUCACGUGUUCACCUAAACAUUCUGACCAAUGUGAUGAUUGUGAUAUUGUAGCAUUAAUGUUCAUUCACAGAAUGAAAGACACAUUCAUUGGUUGAAAAGUCAUUGUGAGUAUUAAAGACAUUGUGUUUAUUGUCGGACCGUAUGGAUGAGUUCAUGCACUUUUAUGUCAAAAACAUGUCGUAAUAUGUUGCACUGAUUUUUUUAUUUUUUUUAUCAACAAAAAGAAAUAAAUGGAA